AUGUAUUAUAUAGUGAUAGAGACCGAUACAUUGCAUAGUGUUGAGACACCUAAGGAUCAUACUCGAAUUUCAAAGUUGUCAUAUCAAUUUGUCGAUGCAGAAUCACUGGAAUGCUAUUAUGGUAAAGAUGAAGUUAAAGUUAUCUCUAUAGAUGAUGAGAGUGCAAUUUCUUUUAAAGACAUGAUUAAACAAUUGGAUGAAGAUAUAAAGACAGUUGUGGGUGAUGAUGAAUUUGUGUUUUGCUCGUUGAAUUCUGUUUGGGACCUUCGUGUGACAAUUCCAAGACAAGCUCGUGAUGAAAUUGUAACAUUACCAGACUAUCUUCAGGAGGUAAAAGUCUUCGACCUAUGGAAAGAAUUUAAUAGAUGGGCAAAGAAUCAUUCAGAUACAGUCACUGUUAAGAAAUCAAAGAAUCUGAGAGAUUUAGAAGAAUUACUAAGAGUACUAGAGCUCACCGCUGAAAAAACGACAGUGGAGACAAAAGAAAUAGAAGAAAACUCUGACAAAGAAGAUGAAGUACACGCCAAUACAGGUGCUGAAGAAAGCGGAAAUGCUACCAUAACUACCGCUGCUGAUGACGAUAAUAAUGAAGAUGAUUCAAAGGAAAUGAAAGAAACUCCAUUGGAGAUUAAUAGAGUAACUGAAAUCUUGACUACCAUCCACAAGAAAUGUACUACCGAGGAAGAUAUAACACUGGUUUUAACAAAGCCAUAUGAUUCUAAUUCAGAUUUUAAAGCGUUUAAAGAAGAGGCUUCAAAAUUGUUAUAUAUGAACAAUCUACCUCCAGACACAACCCAGAGUGAAUUAGAAUCAUGGUUUGCUCAAUUUGGGUCUAAACCAGUAAGUUUUUGGACUGUUAAAAACAUCGUUGAAGAAACUUCAAAUGUUAAUAACAAUUGGAGUAUGAAUAACAGUCCAUACGUAGAAGAACAAGAUAGUAUUUCAGGUUUUGUAUCAUUUCAAUCGCAUAAGGAAGCCACUGAUGCUUUACUCCUAAAUGGUCGUUCAAUCUUAUCUAACAUGGCAAAUACAAAGCAACCUAGAGUGGUUGAACAUAUUGUCGAGAUCCAACCUUCUUCCGUGACAGUUUUAGAAAGAGUGCAAGAUAUUUCAGCACCAUUCCCCCAAAGUAAGAAUAAACCAAGACCUGGUGAUUGGAAUUGUAUGUCAUGUGGCUUUUCGAAUUUUCAAAGAAGGACUGCGUGUUUUAGAUGUUCAUACCCUGCUGCUUCUAAUAAUUUAAAUUCAAGAAAAUAUGUUAACAAUUCAAAUAAUAUGCAUAAUAAUCCACUAAAUGAUAAUGGAUCAAACUUAAAUAUUUUGAACACCACGCCAAAUCAAUAUAAUUUUGCAUUAGGUAUGCAACAUAAUUCACAACCUCAAGGUCUACAAGCCAGGUCAAGUCCGAUUAAUGGCUCAACGGGAUACAUUGGUAUGAUGAACAACAACAACAACAAUAAUAAUAAUAAUAAUAGCAAUGGCAACAAUAAUAACGGUAGCAUGAAUAUUAAUAAUAGCAUCAACAAUAAUAAUUCAUACAGAUAUAAUAACAAUAAUCAUAACGGUAAUCGUUAUAAUAAUCAUCAAACAAAUGGCAAUAACAAUAGUGGUUCUAAUGUUCCAUUCAGAGCUGGUGAUUGGAAAUGUAUUGCAUGCAGUUAUCAUAAUUUUGCCAAAAAUGUUGUAUGUCUUCGUUGUGGUGGACCAAAAAGUCAUAUAAAUUCAGGAGAUAUCAACUCUCCUACUAUGAAUAACUCUAAUGGCCUGAAUAAUCGUCAUUACUAUAAUAAUAAUAAUAAUAAUAAUAAUAACAAUAAUAAUAAUAAUAACAAUAAUAACAGUAGCAGUGGCAACUACAACAGUAACGCUUCCAAGAGUACUAAUAACUACAAUGGAAUUGAACUACCGAAUAUGUCAGUGUCUACAGCUACAAGCAAUGCCAGUUAUAAUAAGACUAGCCAAGGACUAGUUGGUAAUGUUGUCGCAACUCAUAUCAACAACGGUAGUAUCGAUAGUGUUAAUAAUGAUACUAUGGUCCCUUUGAAUUCUGCAUAA